UGAGGAACACACUGCUGUUUAUCUGGAACUGGAACUAGGUUUUUAGUUAAUUUUUCUUCUCCACGUAAAAUGGAGCUAAUGUGUGUUUGUGUAAUACAUCAGAAAGUAGUGAAUCACUUGGCGAUGUGACGUUAGAGGAAACUAAUCAGCUUCAGGGAGGUAACAGUGACGUCACCGCACUGCCGCAUGUUUGGGGUUUCUGCUUGACCCCAUUCAGUCAACAGGAGCUCGCACCUGGCUCAGGUGCAGAUGACGUCACACAGGGCGGGUCCCUGCGCUCCUGGGGUGGUUUAAGGAGCCGACGCGCGCUCCCGGGAUCCUCAGCAUCUUGAGUGAUGGAUCCGAAGCGGAUUAUAGGACAGUGCGCGCCGCUCUUCUUCCUGGCGGUGAUCUUUGACCUGGUCGGCUUCCUCCUGCUGUUGGUGGGUCUGGCCGCGUCCCCGCAGAUCGCAGGGCGUGUGUACGGGGAUUUCCUCGCGCUCACCGGCGCCGUCCUCAUGUUCGUCGGCCUCGGCAUGUGGGUCAUGUGGUACGCAGGGAACAUCGGAGCAGACGGAAAGCGCAUCGGCUUCGGACGGAUCGCUAGGAAACUGUCGGAGCGCAUGAGCACAGUGAAGUGGAGAGGAGACACCGGGAAAGGUCAGGAAGAUGAGCAGGAGAUGGAGGAGGAGGAGGAGGAGGAGGGGGAGGAAGAGGAUGAUGGAGGGAAGAGCGAUAAAAUUGCGGCUUACACCAAUGAAGCGUUCGAACCUGAGGAUAAGGAGACAGUCUGAGAACAGGUGUAUGUGGAGGUUCUUGUGGAGGAUUUGAUGGCGUGUGGAAAUCAGACCUCGUGUUUAACUUAUUGUCACUUUAUUUCACUAUAUUUAUUACUGUGUGAACUGUACAUAGACACACACAAACACACACACACACCAUCACUGUAGCAGGUGCACUUUCUGUCUGUGUGGGUUCAGGGGAAGUGUUUGUUUGUUUCUCCUCUAAAGCUUUUUGUUCUCAUGGCUUUAGUGACUGUGUGUGUUGCGUGUUCAUUGUGUGUGUUGCGUGUUCGUUGUCUGUGUUUGUUCUGAAAGUUUUGCUCCAGUGAAAGGAUUUCUCAGUCAAACCGGCCGAGCCUGCAUGCAAACAUGUUUACAUGAGAUUACAUUACACUCCCUCACCAGGAGAGAGAGAGAGAGAGAGAGAGAGAGACAGGAAGUCAGAGUGGUCAGACAGGUUUUAAUGAAAAACCCGUCUUUGGUUUCAGCGUGUGGUGGAAAAUCACCAGCGUUCUCACUUUCAUCACUUUUAUUUUUCACUUUAUUUAUCUCUUAAUUUAUUUUUUAAUUUAUUUUGCUCUGAGUCACUGUCACUUUAUCACACACACACACACACACACACACACACACACACACACACACGUUUCACUACACAACAUGCAUCUCAAUUAUUUCAUU